AUGGCUCGAGCAUCAACUCGUGUCAGAAAGCCCUCCCAGCGGGCUAGGGAGGCCGGUUUCACCAUGGCUCCGCAUAGCCAGGUGGCCGAAUUAAAGGAAUCGGCAAGGCGAAAGGCGAAUCCGAAGCCAAAACAGCCGCGGGCGGCUAAUGGCAAGCGGAAGAAGGCCAAGAGCCAAGUGGUCGAAAGACCAGUUUUAACGGUCCUCAGAGAGGAAGACGAGCGGGCGGUUUGCCUGCUGCUCGAGCUGGCCUCGACAGCAUUGGCUCCAGAUUUCAAUCUGGAGGUGGAUUUGGAGGCCCGUCGAAGGGCAUUUUAUGCAAGUCUUCAGACUUAG